AUGAGAAUAGCUCAGUGGAAAGCGGGUCUUUACUCGACGAGGAAAGAACUGGUGGAACAAAAUUUUGUUCAAGGUGCACAAAUUAAACCGAUUAUAUUGAAACAAUCGACUAUGAACGAUUGUGAAAGCGAUGACGGAGAAGGAGACGAGGUUUCAACGAAAACGCUUUCCAUACCUAUUUUCAAACUCAUUAUGCAGGAACAUUCAAAUAUAUCUGAAUAUAUCGCCGUUUCGCGCGACAACUUCGAUAAGAAUGAAUUGUGCGAUAAUCUUUUAGAAUUUUUAAGAUUUUAA